AUGCCUUCAGCUACACGUGAGGUCACCUCCUGGCAGGAUAAGCUCGACCAGGCCUGCCGAGACUGCCAGCUCGCAGCACCUGUUUUCCACAUAGUGUCGGAUAGACGAGGUGGUCGAACUGCUUGGUCGAGCAGGGUGACGGUCCAUGGAAGCGUUCUUCAAGCAAGGUUCUGGUACGACGGCAAGAACCUCAACAACGCCAGGGAGGACGCCGCCGAAGUUGCCUUCAACUGGCUGAACGGUUCCCAACCAAGCUCGCCCUCCACCAACCGCAGCGGAUGGUAA